GGGAGCGGGCGAGCGAGCGGGCGGCAGGCGCAGUCUGCGCGAGGAGCGGGCGAGCGGGAAGACGAGACGCAGCCACCUUCCUCCCCAGCCAGCGCGCAGCGGUUUGUCCCCUGCCACGGGAGUGCGCCAAUGCCUGGCCCGACCCAAACCCUGUCCCCAAAUGGAGAGAACAACAACGACAUCAUCCAAGAUAACGGGACCAUCAUCCCUUUCCGGAAGCACACAGUGCGCGGGGAGCGUUCCUACAGCUGGGGAAUGGCGGUCAAUGUGUAUUCUACCUCGAUAACCCAAGAGACUAUGAGCAGACAUGACAUCAUUGCAUGGGUUAAUGACAUAGUAUCUUUAAACUACACAAAAGUGGAACAGCUGUGUUCAGGAGCUGCCUAUUGCCAGUUCAUGGACAUGCUUUUUCCAGGCUGCAUUAGUUUGAAGAAAGUAAAAUUUCAAGCAAAGCUGGAGCAUGAGUAUAUUCACAAUUUUAAACUUCUGCAAGCAUCGUUUAAGCGAAUGAAUGUUGAUAAGGUAAUUCCAGUGGAGAAGCUAGUGAAAGGACGUUUCCAGGACAACCUGGAUUUUAUUCAGUGGUUUAAAAAAUUCUAUGAUGCUAACUAUGAUGGGAAGGAAUAUGAUCCUGUGGAAGCACGACAAGGGCAAGAUGCAAUUCCUCCUCCCGACCCUGGUGAACAGAUCUUCAAUCUGCCAAAAAAGUCUCACCAUGCAAACUCCCCCACAGCAGGUGCGGCUAAAUCAAGUCCAGCAUCUAAACCAGGAUCCACGCCUUCUCGUCCCUCAUCAGCCAAAAGGGCUUCAUCCAGUGGUUCAGCAUCCAAAUCUGAUAAAGAUUUAGAAACACAGGUCAUACAGCUUAAUGAACAGGUACAUUCGUUAAAACUUGCCCUGGAAGGUGUGGAAAAAGAAAGGGAUUUCUACUUUGGAAAGUUGAGAGAGAUAGAGCUACUCUGCCAAGAACACGGGCAGGAAAAUGAUGACCUCGUGCAGCGACUAAUGGAAGUCCUCUAUGCUUCAGAAGAACAUGAGGGCCACCCAGAAGAGCCAGAAGCAGAGGAACAAGUUCAUGAACAGCAGCCCCAGCAGCAGGAAGAGUACUGAACCGUCUUGGCAUCUCUCAACACUUCCAUUUUGUGUGGGAACUUUUCUUCUGGAGAAUUGGAACAUGUGUGGCCUCAAGCUCAACAGAAACCAGUUGUUCCCAAUCUGCCGUUACAUCAACGCACUGCUGCACACGCCAGCCACUGAGCUCGGUUCCCAUUCCCUUUGCCAAGACACAUUAGCAGCCGGCCUUUCUGGCCACCUACCUGAGAGAUCAUGGGGUCACAUACCUUCAACUUCACCACUUGGCUGCUUGAGAUUGGUUCUGCUCUUUUCAUUUCUUUCCAGAACAACUCUUCCCCACCCCACCACCACCACUACCACCACCACCCCCUUUUUAUCCUGGUGUGAAACAAUGGUAAUUUGAUAUAUGGUAUUUAUAUUGGCAUUUCUCAACCCAGUGUCACUAGAUAUCACACACAUUCGUGGUGCUUUGAUGUUUGCAAGUCUAACCUCUGAAUAUAAAUUUGGUCAAAUAAUGAAUUGGAACAAAGGGAAACAGAUACUUGAGAUGAAAGCCAUAAUGACAGUGACUUGUUUCACGGGGGAAAACAGUCAGUUUCUCCCUCUACUUACAACAUGAAAGGGGAAAAAAAAUGGUUUUGAAAGUAAGACUUCAGGGCCCAGCAGUGUUCAUACAUCAGCAUGUUAAACAACCACACAGUAUGUUGUUAGUUUUGAAAGACAUUCACUCAAGGAAAACCCCAUCUCAACUUGGCCCUCUGAGUGCUUGCCCCUGCCCUCCCACACCCAGGUUCUCAUGCUGUUUUCUUUCUCAGGGUCCCCUUAGGUGGGCAACCACUCUUCCCAGGAAGCUGUCAUCCCUAAUCUGCAGUCCAAAGGGGGGCUGCGUAGGUACAGGUCCUCCUGCCCUGGUCCCUCUCCCUCCUUGUGCGGGUUUCAGCCCAAAUCCUGUCAUCCACACUAGGGGACUUCUAAAGAAUGAUGGUGCGCAGCCCAGUUUCGGGGUUCUGCAUUGGGCUGCACACUUACUAGAAGGCUAGCAGUGAAGAUCUUAUUCAUAGGAGCCUAAUUCCAGGGGAGAAACCUGGCUCUGAAGUCUGGUGUUGACACUGGAAUGAGAGCACAAGAAAAAUCUAUGACUCCCAGAACCUUCUGGAAUAAGGCAUUUCCCCUCUUUAAUACUGCAGCCCUCAAUGUCAUUGACUUUUGCUAAACCAUGGCAAUUCGUAAAUAGAGGAAACAUUAAUGAAUUUGAAGCAUUCCUUAUUUUUUUAAACUAAUAUUUGCACAUUUUCUUAGUAUCUUUCAAAAUCUUUGCCUUUUUUUUUCCCCCCAUUGACAGAUGGUAUCCCUUCCUGGGUCCUUCAUUUCACUUGGUUUCUAACUUUAGAUUUACUUUCACUUGUUAUUUGACUUAGCAGGUGCAACAAAAACAAGAAACAAGUGUGCCCACCUCACUCUCCUCUUAACUGAAAAGCUUAAAAUAAAUUUCUGAAUUCUGUAUC